CAGAAGUAUGACUUUAGGAGAACGCUUUAUGCAUUAGGGAUACUGAAAUCCAUACUGUUGGCCAAUCCGAGGCUUGUUACAUGCGCAGUGGCCACAACAAACAUCAGCAAUGUCCAGACGCCUCAUUUAGCUCAGCUCCAGAUGUUACUAGCAAGACAACGGAGAUCUGUCUUUGGGAAGAACUUCCACAGUGAGCUAUCCAAUGAAAUCCUUGCUUCAUACAGGACCAGCAUGUUCGUUGAAAUCAUCAUCUCGGUGUGUUUGUAUUUCAUCAGAAGCUACUACCCCAACCUUAUGAUGAGU